CGGUACUUCCAAGAACAAUCUUCAGUGCGCAUGCUCAGUCUUAGCUGGGAAAAACCACAUGCGUCUUCCUUCCCCAGCCUCUGCUCCAGCACCAGAGCAGCGAGAGAGAGAGAGAGAUGCGCUCAUUGACGACACGGCGGCAACGAAAUGCGCACAGCUCCGCUCCCGGUCCGGGGAUAGCAGAGCCCUGACCCGCAGCUCUCUCACCGCGAUGGGUUAGAGGGGACAUGGCAAACUUUGACACACUUUGCUGGACACAGCGGAAUCAUGCCCGGAGAUCCGUGCUGCCGAGCGGCUCAGCUCAGAGCACAAUAACAGAGGAGUGAGAGAGGAGGAGGAGAGGGAGAGAGAGAGAGAGAGAGAGAGCCGAUUCUAUUUUCUGACUGUUUCUAUUCCGUUUUUUUUUUUUUUUGGCUUUGAGAGAUGAUCACGGAGCUGGUGUGCACCGCCGUGGCUGUGGGUCUCUAUCUGAACACGCUGGACGCAGAUUUCUGCUACGAUGACAGUCGAGCCAUCAAGACGAACCAGGACCUUCUGCCAGAGACGCCGUGGACCAACAUCCUGUAUGACGAUUUCUGGGGGACGCUGCUCACCCACAGCGGCAGCCACAAGUCAUUCCGCCCGCUCUGCACCCUCUCCUUCCGCCUCAACUACACCCUGCACGGCCUGCGACCCUGGGGCUACCACUUGCUGAACGUCGUGCUGCACGGCCUGGUCACGGCCCUGGUCACGGCGCUCAGCCACUCGCUGCUCGGCAGGGGCUUGUGGAGCCUCCUCGCCGGCCUCCUGUUUGCCUCUCACCCGGCGCACACCGAAGCGGUCGCCGGCGUGGUCGGCAGGGCGGACGUCGGCGCCGCUUUGUUUUUCCUGCUGUCUCUCCUCUGCUACGCGAGACACUGCGGAUUACGGGGUGACAAAUGGAGGGCUUUUCAGAGGAGGACGUGUGGCGGCGGCUCCGCUGCCAGAUGCUGGGGCUGGAUGCUGGGCAGCCUGUGGUGUGCAGCUGCCAGCAUGUUGUGGAAGGAGCAGGGUGUGACUGUGCUGGCUGUGUCGGCCGUGUACGACCUCUUUGUGUUCCAGAAGCUGCGCGUUCGCCAGGCACUGCUGCUCCUGUUAGGGAAGAAAAAGAACCUAAGCGUUUUGUUGAGUCUCUGCACGCUGGCCUGCUGGGGAGUAAUUCUGCUGUCAGUCCGCCUCUACUGGAUGGGAAACAAGCCUCCAAACUUCUCCAACUCAGACAACCCGGCAGCCGACUCGCCACAUUUCCUCACUCGAACGCUAACAUUCCUCCACUUGCCUGCUGCCAAUGCCUGGCUCCUGCUCUGCCCCGACAAGCUCAGCUUUGACUGGUCCAUGGACGCCGUGCCCUUGGUCAGGUCCUUGGCCGACUGGAGGAACCUUCACACUGCUGCCUUUUACUGCGGGUUGAUCCUCCUGGCUUUGUUCGGCUUCCGCGGUGCCACUGUCGCAGCAAAGGAGACCAACGGGAAAUCCCAUCUAGCAAAUGGAAAGUCGGUCACGAAUGGGAAUGGUUACCAUGCCCCUGACACAAACCAAAACACGGAUCUGCCAAAAACCACUCUCAAUGGGUCCGCUGUACCUCACCGCUGUUACUCCCACACAUCCCUGCCCCCCACAGAAAGCUUAGUUGUGUUUUCACUAGGAGUAAUGGCAUUGCCUUUCAUCCCGGCCACCAACUUAUUCUUUUAUGUGGGUUUCGUGAUUGCAGAGAGGGUACUUUACAUCCCCAGCAUAGGCUAUUGCAUACUAGUUGCGACAGGUGCACGAACGUUGUAUGUUAGACUGAGGACUAGAGCCUGCAAGGCUGCAAUGUUGUGCCUUUGCAUUGGACUCGUGCUACUGAACGGGCUCAGAACAGUUCAAAGGAACAAAGACUGGAGCAACGAAGAAAAUCUUUACAAGUCUGGGAUCCAUGUGAACCCUGCAAAAGCCUGGGGAAACCUGGGAAACGUACUGAAGAACCAGGGCAAGAUGGCGGAGGCGGAGAAGGCAUACCGAAAUGCUCUCCACUACCGAGGGAACAUGGCUGACAUGCUGUAUAACCUGGGUUUGCUGCUGCAGGAGAGCGAACGUCUCUCCGAGGCGCUGCAGUAUUACAAGCUCGCCAUUGGGAGUCGACCAACUUUGGCAUCGGCGUACUUGAACACAGGAAUAAUCCUCAUGAACCAGGGCAACCUGGAAGAGGCCAAGCGCACCUUCCUCACUUGCGCCGACAUUCCAGAUGAAAACUUGAAGGACCCUCACGCCCACAAGAGCUCAGUCACCAGCUGCCUGUACAACCUGGGCAAGCUGCUUCACGAGCACGGCCAGCAGGAGGAGGCUCUGUAUGUUUAUAAAGAAGCAGUGCAGAAAAUGCCAAAACAGUUUGCACCACACAGCCUUUUCAACAUGAUGGGAGAGGCCUAUAUGCGGCUGAACAGGCUGGAGGAGGCCGGUUACUGGUACAGAGAGUCCCUCAAAGCCAAGCCUGACCACAUCCCUGCCCACCUCACCUACGGAAAACUGUUGUCAAUCAUUGGGGAGAAAACCGAAGCGGAGAAAUACUACAUGAGAGCAAUUCAGCUCGAUCCAACUAAAGGAAACUGCUACAUGCACUACGGUCAGUUCCUGUUGGAGCAGUCUCGUCCUAAAGAAGCGGCGGAGAUGGCUGAGAGAGCUGCCGAGCUGGACAUGGAUGAAUUCGAUGUGGUCUUCAACGCUGCUCACAUGCUCAGACAGGCCAAUCUAAAUGAAGCAGCAGAGCGGCAGUAUAAACGUGCAGCCAGCCUCAGACCAGAUUACCCAGCUGCUCUGAUGAACCUUGGCGCCAUCCUUCACCUGAACGGGAAGCUUCCCGAGGCGGAGGCCAACUACCUACGAGCCCUUCAACUCAAACCCGACGACGCCAUUACUCAGUCCAACCUGCGCAAGCUGUGGAACAUCAUGGAGCGACAGGGGCUCAAGACGAAGCAGAGAGGGGAGCCCUAAACCGAGACGCCCUGCUGUCUCGUCUCUUUGCGGCGCUCGAAGCGUGGAGCGGGACGGAAACAAAAUGCUCAGUCGAGGUCUGGGACGGUCGAAGUAGGUGUGUUUGAGGUUUGACGGCAAACUUCUGCAUCGCGCCGCAGUGUUCAUUUGGUGGCUCAGACUACUAAAACUAAAUCUGAUGGUUCUUUUACCAUAACUGUGACACAGCUCUUGUUAAAGGAGGAGACAAAAACGGAGAGAUGCACCGAGAAAUUGUGCUAGGGACUAGUUCCGACCAGUGGUGUCGAAAAACAACUCACAAAUGCUUUCUUUUCUUCAAGCAGUAAACAAGUAGGCACUAACAACAGCACAAUUCAGGUUGGAAUCUGUUGCUGUGGGAAAUAGGAAGGCAUCAGAGGAAGCUGAAAAUUUGCAGGAAACUGCAUCAAAGGGAAGAGAGAGACCUCAGCAGGUGGACUGGGGUGUAAAUAUGAACGACCUCUUUGAAAUAUCAGAGUUAUGGAAAAAAAAAAAUAUCUAUAUUCUCCAGGACAGUGGUUCUCAAUCUUUUUCUCAGUACAUUCUAGCUUUCCGAGUACCUCCAGGAUCGUUGACAUUUUUAAAACGGUAACACAACAAGACUUGGACUUUCUUAGUUUGUCAGAUUUCUUGUAAAUAUCAAAAUAGAAAAAUAGAAAGAAAAGCCUUUCUUAUCGGAGAGGCGGUGAGUGUUUUGGUUGAUAAGUGCAGGUUUCGUACACUUGCUAUGAAAUCUAACACGACUGCCAUGAGUUUAAACGAUCGGUAAUUAGCAGUUUAAUUUGCACUUCUGACAGUAUUUCACAAUUACAUUAAGAAUUGCCCACACUGUGCUGUAUAGAAAUGCUAAGAUUUACAUAUCUAUCAGUUCAUAUUUCUUAUAGUAGUUAGCUUAUCACUGAGCACUGCUGUUAGAGCCGAUAUCUUUCUCUAAUCCAUGUUCCAGAGUGAAAAAUAGUAGAGAAUAAAGCACUAAAAAAAACUAUUCUAAACUAUACCAACAUCUGACAUAUAAGAGAACAUUUAUUUGCACCAAAGAACUUUGCUUUCUUUGUCCUUUUAACAUGUUUUACACAAAUAUAAACUAUAAUUUGAUGCUUCCUAAAAUAUAAUCAGUGUUUUAAGUCAUUCGACAAAAACUAUACUUCACAUUUUGACACAACAAAAACAAAUAAGGUAAAUAUAAAAUAAAUGCAUCAUACGUUAUAUUUUAUUUUUUUAUCCGGUCUUGUUCUGGAGGAGGGGUUCAAAAAAUUACAGAAAAGUUUGAGAACCGCUGUUCCAAGAGAUUCCACAUGGAGACGCGCUUUACAGCUAACAAGGCUGGCUGCACUAAUCGUGCUCAUACCCAACACAAAACACUAAGAAUAUCCGAAUAUUAACUGUGUGAUCAUAUAGUAAUUUAUAUAUAAAUAAAAAAACUGACCACUUAGGAAUGGAAAGACUGGAAAAAUUAUGUUUUCAUAAGCCAGGCGAUCAGUAAAGAUUUUUGUUAGUAGAUCAAAGCUUUACAAAAAAAUUAAGAGAACAACAAAACUGAAACCACAAAAAAUACGGAAAUAAGUAAAUCGCAAGCUGCAGCAUUUCCAUAAAUACUGAGUUGACUGUAACUUUACUGUUGCGUGCAACAGUAGCUUAAAUGAGGGGCCUUUCUGAAAUUGUUUUAGCUGAAGCGAUUUUGAAAUGUGUCGCCAUCAAGUGGUGUUUUGUGUCACUAUCUGCUAUGACACAAAGAGAAAACUACAUUUUACUUGUCCAUCAUAGAAAGAAACCUGUUUAAUCAUCUAAAGGGAGCAUAGCAUGAAUGUAGCAUCUUGCUUCAAGCUUUGUCGUUUUUAGCACAAAGCUAACCAGCGUUUUGUUGGUUGAAUUGCAUGAUGGGUGCCAUUCUCAUUCUUUUUUUUUAAAAUGUGAGAAUAAAAAAAAAAAAACUAUUGGUCCUGAACAUAUAAUGCUGGAAGAGAACAAGGCGUAAAAAGAAUGCAGCGAGAUUUCUUCUUUUAAUGCAAAGAAUCACACACGCACACACACACACACACACACAUACAAAACACACAAUAGAAAGCCAAUCCAGUUGAAAAAGUAAAGAUUUGUAAAAUUUCUAACAUUUCAGACAGAAAAACAAAAACAUCUCAGUGGUGCCAAAGCCUGUAAUGAGUUCUCACACCUUUCGGUGCCAAGCAAGAUCUGUAAACACUCGUGUGUUGUUUGUUGUGUCAGACGGUGUUUCAUACUAUGUGAUCAAAUGACAUUUAAUUUAUUGAUAAUGUAUUAUAAAUGCCAACUUUGUGCCAUAUCAUCUCACCCGUUUUCUUUCCUCCAAUCAGGCUGUAGAAGGCGACAUGACGGUUAUCUUUCUCUUUAGUGUUCUUUGUUGUUUUUCUCCUCUCUGCUCAGGGAUAUCAGGUUGUGAUUCCUGUCACAGAGCUGAAGGUCUGCGACACAGAGAGAGCUUCUUCACGUCUUAGGUGUUCUUUGAUGAUUGUGGAUGUUUAUUUAAUUAUAGGACACGUCUAGCUGGAACCGUCUGGUGUUUUGUAAGAAGUACAAUGAAGACUUUUCCGUAAUAAAAGUAAAAUGAUUUUUCGA